CUUCGCUUCAGAAAACGUGCGAAUUUCGCUGAGUAAACUUCGCCAUGGAUUUGCUGCUUCUGCUAACCAGCGGUUUCAUGGCAGCCGCCGCCCAGCCCAUUGAGUACAUCGGCUCUAACUACACAACCAUCACCGUCACUACCGAGCGCUACUCUUGCAGUGGUCCUUUGACUGGUGGCAAUGAUGCAACGAAGAUCCAAAGAUACAACUUGGGAGACCACCGUUGCUCAUAUAAAGAUGCAUACUUUGAGUGCUCCGUUACAGGCUCAAAGGUGGGUUACUUUUCCUGCUCCAAUCUGACGAAUGACACGUUGAUUGAAGAGUAUUCGAACGGUGCCUGCUAUCGAUGUGAUGAAUAUAUGUUCCCCUGCGUUCAAAUCUGGUUCAAAGGAAAACGCUAUGAUGGGAAAUACUUUAAGCCUGUGUGCAACAGCCUAUAUUCCAACUCGGUGCAAUCCAUUGGUCAAACACGAUGGACUUUGGCGCUUGCUGGUGCUAUCCUGCUCGGUGGGAUAUCAGGAUGAUUUGCUGCUCACCUUUUCGUGCCAUGUGCAAGUCAGAUUCGCUUCCAAAGGAAGACGAUAUUGCCUGUUUCAAUGCGGAGGCCGCUAAACUUAAUGCGAUUCGUCAAAA